GACUGUCCACGAAACUUUUCAUACUUUCGUGGACAAGCCCUACUUUCAUGGACACCACAUCAAAGUUUUGCUUCUCCUGUGGACUCCGUCAAUACUUUCGUGGACUCCCGGCUUACUUCCAUGGACACACCCAUAUUCGCAGUUAAAAAGGAGCCUGCUGUGCUAUUUUAGUCUGUGGUCAUAAGAACCGAAACCCAGGAACACUGGAACACUGGAACACUGUCUGACAGCCACUCCCGCCGUCCUGUAACGUGAUCAGCUCUUACUGUAAGGCGAUUCUCCCAGGACUCAUUUUCUCAAGCGGCGCCUGCUUUUUUAGGUUACCGUGUGAAAAGGAAAACAUUCAUGGCGGACGGCGAGGAUCGCGUUCCCCUCAAGUCGCACGCCACGGGGGAGCUUCGCGGCCGUCGAUUUCAGCCGUUCGAUCGGCACGCUGACGUGGAGCCGUCCGGCGUCGCCCCGGGAUUUCGGCGAUUGAACUGGCGAUUCGUAGCCGUCGCAGGGUCUCUUCUUCUUAUCGUCGUUUGGUGGCUUUCGUCUUAUAGCGGGGACGGCUCCGCGUCGACAGAAUCAAUGGUUUCAGGCUCGGGGAUAGGCUUGGACAGGCAAUACGACUUUGGGGGGUCGAGUACGUGGGGAGCAGCAGGGGGAGAGGAGCAGAGAGGAGGGAUGGGAGUUGCUGGUGUGACAAGCGGACGAGGAGAAGGAGGAGGAGGAGGAGGAGGGGGAGGAGAGAAGGUUUGGAGGUUUCAAGGGGGAGAGGAUGGGAGUGGCGAGGGCGGUAGCAGAACGGGUGGGAGGCCUGGGGGUCCGGAGUGCAAGGUGUUGACCUUCUUUGACCCGAGUCAAAUUACAGGCGACGUGGAAGAGGAGGCCAACCUACUACAGGUGUGGCAGCUGAGCUGGCUCAAGGCGGGGUGGGUGCCGGUGGUGCUGCGAGGGGAGGAGCGAGUGAAGGCGCAUCCGGAGUACAACGAGAUGCUGAGACGAGCAGUGGAGGGGGCGGGGGGGCAGGCAAUGAAGCCCCUCGUCACUCGCUGGCUGUCCGUGGCUGCAGCAGGCGGGGGUCUCUUUGCUCACUACGAUGUCAUCAACUUUGGUGCCCCGCCUCCCCCUAACUGCCUUGUUGGGCCGCUCUCCACUUAUGGGAAUCUCUUCCCCUUUCUGCUCUCCGGCCAGCCAGAUGACUUCGCCCGCCUAGCGGAGGCGCGCCUGCCGCUGCCCCUGCAGGCAGCCCACCCCGCCCCCAGCAUCACAGGGGUGGUGUCGCCGCGCUUCCGCUUCCCUGCUGUCAGGGGGGUUGUCAGAUGCUCCUCUGCUACUCUGCCGCUCUUCCUGCAGCCAGACACUCUCCAGCUGCCCCGGUGGCAGCAGGUCACCUCUCUCCUCUGCGCCCACUUCGCCCGAACCACCAACUUCCAAGCCUUUGCCAUUCCUCGCCUCGCCACUGUGCCUGCCGCCCUAGCCGCCCUCCUCUCGUCGCUCUCCUCCUGUGCCUCCCACACGCUCCCUUCAUUCCCUUCCCUCCUCCUCCCCGCCUCCCCCUCCAACCUGACCUUCCUCCUCCUUCCCCACCACAUCUCCCUCGCUCUCGCAACCGACUAUCUUUCCUACUCCUCCUCCCCCCAGAACGCCCCUGCGUGGUUCAAAAACCUCUUUCCAAGCAUGCCUGUGCCAGAGGGUCUUUCUAACUUGGAGUUCCUGCACGCCCUCACGCACCAUCUGCAGUCAACUCCUGUGAAUCAAGAGGAUAUAACCACUGAUAACAGGCUCUCUCGAGCCGUUUCCAGGCAUCUGAACAUCCCCCUUACAGCUGCUCCGCUAGCAGUGGCUAAGGCAGUGGCUGGCCAGAAGCAGGAGGUUGCUGUAGCGCGUUAUGACAUGGCAGGGGAUGUGGUUACCAUGUUGCAGAUCGCCCUGGGGUUCAGGAUUGGAAGGGAGGAGGCAGAGGCGUUGGAGAAUGCAGUGAGGGCGGGGUGGGAGGCAACAAGGCCGUUUGCGUCUAUGGUGCAUGGGGAGGUGUUGGAUACCAUUCUCAUGCACAACCAGGUGGAUGUGAAAUUGCUGCAGGCGGCAGGGGAGAGGGUGGAACAGGCGUUGGCUCGUGCAAAGGUGCUGGAGAGCUGAAGUUUUGGUGGUGAGGGGUGGGUGGGGAGGGAGGCAGCAAGGUUGUUUGCCUCGUUGGUGCAUGGGGAGGUGUUGGACGCCAUUGUGGCGCACAACCAGGUGGAUUUGAAAUUGCUGCAGGCAGCAGGGGAGAGGGUGGAAGAGGCACUGGCUCGAGCCAAGGUGUUGGGGAGAUAGGGGUUCUAGUUGUGGUGUGACUGAUGGGUGGGUGGGAGGCAACAAGGUUACGAGGCCGUUUGUGUGUCAGGUGCAAGGGGAGGUGUUGGAUACCAUUGGCGCGCACAACCAGGUAGAUGUGUGAAGCUGCUGCAGGCCGCAGGGGCGAGGGUGGAAGUGGCGUUGUGGCGCUGACCCGCUGAACUGCUGCGCAACCAGCUUGAUGUGAAACUGCAGCAGGCGGCAGGGGAGAGGGUGGAGAGGCACUGGCUUGUGCUAAAGGUCUUGAGAGGGCAAAGGUGGCCUCUCUUGACAGGUACCUGGUUGCAUGAAGAAGCAGGACCAUGGAAGGGCGCCUGUUUCACUAGUGGAUUUCACCUGGAAGGUGCUGGAAUUGCACAGGCAGUUCGCGGGGAGGGGAGUGCCAUUUUUUCUCGUUUCCGGCAUUGUACAAAAUUGUGUUCCAUUUUGCAGGGCUAUAUUUAUCCGGGGGCUUACCUAAUUCUAGCUUGACUAACAGGUUUGCAUGCAUACAUACAGGUACUGGGAGGGGAGCUCACACAUGUACUAGUGCCACGCUAGUACGCUACCCAUCACCUUCUCUCGCCACAAACAUAAGCGGCUGCGAGCCUAGCAUAUGCCAUCUUGAAGUACAUCACUCAGCAGAAUUCAGUAUCUGGCUCAACCUUCUCUCUGGAUGAUGGGGCUUGACUACUUGGCCAAUAAUAGGUAGCUAAAAGC